AUGGGUCACUGGCUCAAGUUUGACCUAUCCAUACCAGUCCUGGAAAACACAUCUGACUCAGAUCCAGGGGCAACACUUUCACUCAUCAGUGAAUAUGAAUACAGGAUGCUACAGUGCUGCUGUUAUAUCUCAAGGAAGUUCUUAUCCACCAGUCUCAUCAUAUUCUCCUUUGUCAUCUUCUUUGUCAUCAGGUGGCUCAACUUUGAGCUACUACACAGCAUCACAAGGGUAUUCUUAACAGGGGGGUACCUCAGCCAGGUGGCUUGGUGUAUCCUUGAGGUCAAUCUUCAUGCAGUUCUCAGGGUGGAGUGGGUUCCUCUGGGUACAGCUUCCUGUCAUACAUUACUGGCAGCAGUAGGGGAAUGGAGGGAUGAAGAACUUGUUAUUAGAGGUAUUCUACUAAGUGGGUAA